UGUCUGUGACCCAUUCCGGCGCACUCCUUUUUGCGUCUACCGUGGACACGGAAGAUAGUCGCUUAUAUAUAUAUUUACGCGUUCACGCUGUGUUCAAUAUGCAGCAUUGUGGUUGUCAACUUUGAGCUAUCACCGUUGGUGAUUACAUUCACCGCAGUCUACACCGAUCUCAAUUAAUAACCAGACAAAAGUCCCCGUAAUUCACUGUGCCACUUUUGUAGACCCUUCCGCACCUCCACGAGUCAAAAGCACUCCAAUGCAAUGGUGAAAUAUUACGAGAACACGACAACCUUCCAGUUCAGCUGGACCCAGGUCGUCCGAGGAUUUUUCCAAAGAUACCCGAAUCCGCACAGCUCACACGUUCUCACUGAGGAUACGAUCUCGAGGGAAGUUAAAAAUGGCAAACUGUACUCUAAGCGACUGUUGACAAAGACCAACAGAGUUCCGAAAUGGGGCGAAAGGUUUAUUGGCAAGAAUGUAGUUAAAAUUGUUGAGGAAAGUAUCGUUGAUCCAGAGGCAAAGACCUUUACUACGUACACGAAGAAUUUAGGAUAUACCAAAGUUAUGAGCAUCGUUGAGAAAGUAGUUUAUGAGACCUCUGAGGAAAAUCCGGAAUGGACAGUCGCGAAAAGAUCGGCGUGGGUCGACAGUCAAGUGUUGGGCUUCAGCAGAGCGAUCCAAGCCUUUGGCUUGGAGCGGUUUAAGAAGAACUGCAUGAAGAUGUCGGAAGGCUUCAACUACGUCCUCACAAAUAUGUUUCCUCAAACACAGUUUAUAAAUCCAAAACUGUCUCAAGCAACUUUCUCCAUGCAAGCCGGCCACAGCUCCAUGACUGAUGAUGGUAUCACGGCAAAGCCGAGUCUCGCAGAAGAUUUACAGCAUUCGUUACAGGGUAGAGCGGAGAAGAUGAAGGAUGCCGCUAAGAAAGCCACGGACUUGGCGAAACAGAAAGCGGGACCGAUUUAUGCAGCUUACCAGUCAAAUCAGUCGUAACCGUGCCCGUACAAGGCGUAAUACGCGAAUAAUAUCGUUUAACGAUAGAGCUGUCUGCAAAUAUCGUGUUACCGUAACACCUUAGGGAUUAGUUCGGUAAUGUAAUAGUUGUACAUUAAUCGGAGAAUGUGAUUCGAUGGCGAUUAGAUCCGGAGGGACUAGAAAGUCAAUAUUCGCUAGCAAGAGUAGCAAAAGUUUUCAUACGUUUUGUUGAGUUUGAUGACACGAAAUUUAUUAAUUUAUUAAGGAUGCCAUAACAGCGCAAUCGGAUUACUUGAACGUCUGGAGACCUUCAGAUUUAUUCUUACGUUACCAUUCCUUUUAACUGCCAAAUCGUUAGUAGCUGUUUUGCUACCGUAUGUGAUACGUGACACUCGACCGGGUAUUAGAUUGUUUCUCACGCGCAAAAUGAUAUUUUCCAGUCUUACUACGAAUUUCUGAGCAGUGUCCGUUCUUGCGGGAACCACUGACUAUAAGACGCAUUUUAAUAUACUUGUAUACGUCAUCUAAGUAUAUAUACAAUGUUUUUUUAAUCUGUGCGUACGUACCCGCGUAAGCUUCUGCAAUUGACAAUUGUAAAGAGGGAAAAGUAUUCUACAUUUUUGUAAUUAAUGCUAUCAAUGUCGAUGUGAAUGCAAUUAUAAACAUCUAGAAAAAUAUGAGUUAUACAGUUAUCUUUUUCUCUAAGGGAAGAGUUUUAAUGUAAUAAAUAUUAUAUAGACGUAUUCCGUGAUGAACGGAAGCGCGUUGACCAAUAGAAAUAAUUGAAACACUUAAUUUCUGUUCUCCUUUGAUGUAUAUGUUGUACCAUUUCAGUGUAUAAUUGUAGAGUUUUGCAAUAUCACGCCAUGUAUUUAGGUGCUAUUUUAGAUGUUUAUUUUACGUAAAAUAUAUUGUUGCAAUAAAUAAAAGCGCAAUAUUUCUAGUGUUUAGAUUAACAAUAAUUUAGUUUCAAAAUCACAGUAUAAAUGUUGUUAAAAUUUUUAUUGUAUUUUCACAUUUUCGAAUAUUUCGGAAUCUGUAGGAACUACAGCUAAACAAUCAAUUCGUUGAUUAGUUAUUGCAUAUUGACAGCUUUUGAUUAUCAAAUAAAUUAUUUGUGUUCACGUUGAAUAAAAUGGAUGACUCAGUCAGAUUGGAUUAUAUUAGCGAUUAAUUUCCUUGUGGUCAAUUUCAAAAUGAACUUUCCUAGAAUUUACUGAUAAAUAAUGUAGAGAGAAGUACCAAAAGUAAAGAUUGUAUAAAGCUUGAUGAAAUUAUAAAAGAAUGAUCAUUUGCCACGGUUAAUACAGUAUGUAGUAAAGACUGACGUAAAUAUUAUAAGCCAUUAAAGAGAACGCAUCAUAAAAGAUGCUAUCAGAAAAUACGUGCACGUGUACGCGUGUAUGUAUGAGAUAGAUAAUUUGCUCAUUAUGCAAGCUUGAUUCCAAAGUUAUUAACUCUAGGCCGAACACCGAUGUUAUGUAAAUAUCCGUGACGCGCUAAAAGCAAGAUUCAUCACUUUUGAAGAUACUGUUAUUCUCUUAUAUUAUUCCUACACUGUACGCUCGUAAAUGAAUAAAAUAAUAUAAC